AUGAGCAUUUCGUCAGAGCACAAGCCCCUUGGGAAGCAGGUCACCAGCAGCCUGCAUAUGGUGAGUAAGUUGUCACCAAUUGUGGAGUUAAAUGUUGGCGGGGAGAUGUACACGACAACACUGAGCACCUUGAAGAAACACCCUGGCUCCAAGCUGGCAGAGAUGUUCACCGGCCAGCCCAAACUCAGGACUGACUCUGAAGGGAGGUUCUUCAUCGACAGGCCAGGCACCCACUUCAAAUACAUUUUGGAGUACCUGCGCAGUAACCAAGUGCCCACCCAGUGCAUCCAGGACGUCUACAAGGAGGCGUUGUUCUAUGACAUAGAGCCUUUGAUCAAGCAGCUUGAGGACUCCCCACAGAUCUUUGGGGAGCUCGUGGCGAGGAGGCAGUUUCUGGCUCGUGUGCCCAACUACAAUGAGAACAUCGAGCUGAUGAUCCGCAUCGCGAGGGCGGAAGCGGUUGCGUCCCGACAGUCCAGCGUCAUCGUAUGCGUGGUCAGAACCGAGGAGGACGCAGCCAGGUGUCAGGAUGCCUUGAACAGUUUGGACAUGGAUAAAAAAUCUGUGGUGAAGUUUGGCCCCUGGAAGGCUGUGCCCAGUAUUUCUGAUCUGCUGGACUGCAUUCAAAUGGACAUUGAAGCCAAGGGGUAUAAAAUAUCCUUUCAGCCCCAUGUUGCUGAAAAAGGUUUUCGCUUCAAGUCGCAUGACUUCUUCUACAAGUUCCUGUUCACCUGGUGGUAA